UCAGAGCCGUUUCAAACCAAAGGUCCACUUUGGGUGGAUGAGGAGCAUUAGAGGAGCGGAGGCUUUGGAACGUAUUCAUUUAUUGUGUGUGCACCUUUAUGUCGUUUGAAUUAUUUUGAUUUCAAUCUCUUUUUUGUCGAACUGUAUUUGUACCUUCAGCGUGCACGUGGUAUACGCGGUUCUUCUGUAGAAGAAGAAGAAUUCCGUGAGCACGAGCCCCGCUCCCGCGGGGGGCGUGGCCGUCUUCUCAGGUGGUGCAGUCCGUCAGGUGUGCUGUGCUCCUCACACAGGUGUUGUGGGCUCACCGGGCUAGUAGCUUAGCUUAGCUUAGCUCAGCUCCGUCCUGAAACGUUCGCAGCGAGAGCUCGUGGGUCCUAAAAAUGAGAGGACGAGGUAAACAACGGGAGCAGAGUAAGGGACGGGAUGGACGCUCUCCUCCGGCCGGGGACAGCGAGCCGGGACCGGCCGAGGCACCGAGGCUCCGCCGGGAGGACGGUGGUCCAACAGGUCCCGUGAAGGCCUACAUGGGGGUCCGGGUCAAGAGGCCCGUGAGGGAUCUGCUGAAGAGGGUCCGCGUGGACCAAGGCUGGGACUCCCAGAGGAUCAGCGGCGGGUCGGUUAAAGGAGACGGACCAAAAGUCCCGAUGCGUGCGGUACGGCGGCGCUGCAACAGAAAAUGCUCCGCGAAGAGCCUGGAGGAGUUGGCAAUGAUCCUGGAGGUGCUGGAGGAGGACCUAUGGACCGGCGCCGCCUGCCGCUCCUCCGCCCAGUACCCGCCGACCCGCAACCCGCAGGGGGCUCCGUUCUCUCCAGGGUGGUCUUCGACCGGUUCAGAGUACUACACCGACGAGUCCAACGGGGUGAUCACCAGCCCCGAGUCCUCGCCCGAGUACCCGUGGGAGCCCCCGCCCCCCUUCCAGCCCGUUGGCGCCAGAGGGGGUGGGUGGGCCGACGGCCAGGACCAAGACCUGGACCAGAACGUCUCUUUCUUCUGGGCUCAGCUUCAUUGGGUGGAGAGCCGGCUCGGGGAAGCCUCCGACGGCGAGCUGCUGGCGCCCGACCACAACGGCAGGGCAGCUCUCCACAAUGUGGCGCGUGUUGGAAAGAGGGCGCUGGGUUACGCCAUUGCAAAAAGAAUGGCCGCCCUCAACAGCCUGGACCUCAAGGACUCCGACGGAAUGACCGCCCUCCUCCACGCAGCGCAGCACAACCACCACCUGAUGGUGGCGGAUCUGAUCCUCCUGGGGGCCAACGUCAACGAGACGGACAAUUCGGGAAAGACCUGCCUCCACCUCAGUGCCGAGAAGGGCUACGUCAGAGUCCUGGAGGUUCUGAAAAACGCGAUGCUGGAUGGUGUGUAUGUCGACGUUGAAGCCGCCGAUCACUCUGGAGUGAGUGUCUUCCAGUGUGCUUCUGUGGCUCUCAGAGCCGCCGUAAGUAAGCUGGAGAGCAGUAAGUUCUCACAUCCGAGCAGUCUGCACGCGCUCCGCCAGGAGCAGAUGAUGGAGACCAUGGAGUGUCUGCUGCAGAUGAGCAGCUACCUUCACACCAUGGGGAGCCAGAGUAUGCAACCCAGAUUCGGUUGACCACCCCGGCUUCUUGGAGACCCGACAGUAAUGUUCUGAGUUGGUUCAGGAUCGAAUUCUUCCGAGCUCGAGUUGUGACCUGUUUUAAGUAAAGCAUCUGGGUUUUUGUUCGGGGUAAAUUACCCGCACAGAGGCCGUAGAUGCACAUUGGUUGGUUUCUGUGAAACCUCCUUAGUUUGUUUCAGUCUGGUAACAUGUUGUCUAUGUAUCCAUGUGUUGUGGCGCAGGGGUAGAGCGGGUGUGCUGGGAACCGCAAGGUUAGCGUUUUGAGUCCCGGCUGCCCCAUGUCCCAUGUCGAAGUGUCCCUGAGCAAGACACCUGACCCCUAAUUACUCCCCGGGCAAAAAUGUUAAAAGCCAUGUGUAUACACACACAUAUAUAAUAUAUAUAUAUAUAUAUAUAAUGUCACUACAGUUUUAUGUUCACCGCUGUUUAGUCUCUCAUUCCAAUAACAAAGAAAAGAUGAUUAUGAUUUUAAGACUUUUUCCUUCCUGCUGGGGUUCUUGAUAUAAAGUACUUGGUACUAGAGGACAUAGCGUAUUGUCGUAUCGUAUGGCGUUGGGGAGGUAAUGCAGUUUAAUUUUCCGUGUGUUUAGCCUUUAAUGCGCAAGGAGCUCUGGUUUAUCUCUCGGCACAUUGUUGAGGUUUUUGAUUGACUUCACGUGGAACCUUUCUUUUUUUACCCCUUGUAUUAUUUAAGGGGUAUUUGUUGUCGGAGAGCAUCACUUUAAUAUGUUUGUGUUCCUUCGCUAAGCUCAAUAAUUAGAGCAGAAAUAAUGUUUAUCUGCAUUCAAAGUGUGCAGAAGUAGACGACAAAACAUUGUGACGAGCAGCUAGCUUGGGCGUCAAAGUUAUCAACCAACAAGCGCUAGUUGCGUUAGCAAACAACAGUCCUUGUUUCCUUUUGACAGUCUGAACCAUGUGGUCUGUCUUUGUGCUAAGCUAGGCUAACUGGCCUAAGACAGUCGCUGAGUGGAGCGCCAAGAUGAGAGUUAACAUCAACCCCAAAAGUAAUCAAAUAAAAUACUUCCAGUGAGCGGUCAUCAAUCCCCACGUGGUCCACAUGGUUCCCUCUUUGCAUCCUACGUUACCAAAUGUUUAUCAUUUGUGCAAAUUGAAUAAUUGAUUCUAAAGUUGUGUAUUGCACACUUUAAUUCAUGCAAACCAUUUAAAUACAGCAGUUUUUACCAUUAAGAUAUGAGACCGUUGAGACCUGAACUAUGCACCAGUCUUAGGCCCGCCCCCAAACGCCCUCAUUGGUUGAGAUGCGUGAUGAUGCGCCUCCCAGGCCAAUCCUUCCUGACCCAUGGUGCAACAGACGUUCAAGAGACUCAUUUUUAAAAUCUGUGUUAACACGCAAUAAAAUAUGUUAAAUAAUAGAUGCUUAAAUAAUCACGAUAACGUGCCCAGCACUAAUAAAUAUACAUAUUUAUAGGUGUCCGAUAAAAAUGAGUCGCUGUGCCUGAAGUCAAACGAUCAAUUCAGCCGUGGAUUCAAAGAUGCUAGUAUUCACUUUGAGAAGACGGACAGAAAAUGGAUUCAUUGGGAACAAAGUUCUAUGCCGUGGUUUUUAAUCAGAGUUUUGGAUAUAAAUACACAUAUACAUGUAUAUGAGUAUAUAAAUAUGUGUGUGUGUGUGUGUGUGUACACACACACACAAAUCAGACAUAAUUGUGUUUACUGUAUGUUGGGGAUUAUAUCAACUGAAAGUGCAAUUAAUAAUGUACAUGUGUGCGUGUUUUAUCUCCUGGUUUAUGUAUCUUUUUAGUGGAAAAGGGGUUUUAAAGUUGUUUAGUAUGAACACACCGGUUUGGGAUUCUGGUUCCUGUUUUGUAUUCAAGUAUUUUCUAUUUUCAAAGGAUUAAAAUGUGAGAAAUUGUCCCUACUCUGUUACGUAUUCUUUUGUAUUUUGAUGAUUGUGAAAGGCUAAGCGGACAGUUUCUGAAUACGAAUCGAGAGCUGCAGGUUUAUUAUUUUAGUCCAAUAGGAAGUCAUCGUCACUGUUUCCUAAACAAAGGAAAAUAUUCUUCCUUUUAGGUUUUGGAAUAUUACAGAAAAUGAUGUUAAACUAAUGGUUUUGGGUGUUUGUCGUCACAGUUCUGUUUGUGUUUUUAUUUUUUCAUUGUAAGGAGAACAAUAAACUUCUGGGUUUCAGGGGA